GGUGAGAAUGGAAGAAAUUUGAGGGUUUGACGGAAGAAAAGACCGCUAGGGUAAAAGAACGAUUCACCUGUUUUGACUCUUUUAUCAUUGUGACACGGUUCAUGUGCCGGUUGACUGUAGAGGUAAAAAUCUGGGUGAAAAGAUGAUAAAACACGAUUUUAUGUUUCAGGGUUUUGUUUGAACGAUGUUGGAAACUUUGACCUCGGCGUUGGCCGGCCUUUUCGGCCGUCCUCCCAGCCCUGUUGAGGAAGAGGAUGACAUAGUCCGAGAUUACUACGCUUCCAGGAAGAAGGACCAGUUGGAAAGGACAGGGGUGAUAACUUACGUUGCUUGCAAUUCGGCCGAAAUCGACCAUUCCUAUGUUUUCCCCCUGGAAACUGACAGGUUCCGCAUCGGAGACAGGGUGGUUUUCAAGGUGUGCCACUCAUUCGGCAACGUAGAGAUCAGGGAGGUGAGGCGAGCUGGGCAAGACGACAGGAACGUAGACGGUAAGGUGGUUUCAAUCGAGAACGGUCUGUGUCGUGUGUCAGGCGGUUAUGAGUUUGACAUGUCAUCCGUCAUUGCUGAUUUCAAGCCCAUGGUCGGAGAUUAUGUCUCUCUGGAGGGGCGGUUUGCCGAAGGAUGUUGCAUGGUCGAGCGAAUCUCUCCCAAAUCGAGUCGAUUCGUGACAGGCCUGAUCACUGAAUACGACAAGACGAGCGAAACUGGUUUCAUAGCCGGUGAGAUCUUCUUUACAAAAAGUGACUGCGUCGGGUUCACGCCUGCGGUCCGUUCCUCCGUAUUCUGCACGGCGUUGGAAUGCUCGGAUCAUCCCUACAGGGCCAUCGGUAUAACACUCCUUUACAAAAACAGCAGGAAGAAAGUUGAAAUAUCAAUAAUGCCUUUUUUCAAACUGAAGCUCGGCGAGAGCAAAUAUGUCGACUUGAAGGUUACGAAUUGUUCGAAGGACAGCUUGGAAGUCGGACACGUCGAGUUGUUUUCGAUGGACGAUGUCAGGAUGGUCAGCGAGCCUGAAAAUCAAAUCCUUCCGGGAGGUGUUGCCACAUACACAAUACUCUGUCUUGGUAAAAAACCUGGUAACACGUCAGCCACUCUCAACUGGACGUUCAACCAUAUAAAAAUACGACGUACGAUCCGCUAUGAAACAAUAGAUGAAACGAGUUUAAAGAAUAAAAUUAGAUUGACACUACCCGGCAGGAAUAAGUUUACAAUACCAAAGUAUGUAAAUGUAAAGAUGAAGGUUUACGCAUUGCCGUCUGGCCUGGUGGACGUCGUCGUACGAGAAGACCUAGCAGCUAUGCAGAAGGUAAUGGAAAUGCACCCUUGCCUCAUACCAGAGCUAAACAAAGACAAUUACGUCGAUAAAAUGCAUACGCUUUUGUUUUUAGAAGAAGCCAAGUGCGUCAACGAUGUGAAACUUUUGACUAAAGAUUUCUGCCUUUAUCCCAAGGACGAUACCGUAUAUCUCGUAUACGAGGCCGACUCGCCUUAUUCAAAUCUCAUGCCUGGGGAUUCGGUGAUCGUCUCUAAACCAUGGGAUGCGGAGAAGCGUUACGAGGGGAAGAUCUGGGACGUACUCCCUUCUCAGAUAAUUUUAAAGCUCCAUGACGAAUUCAUGAAUGAUUAUAGACAAGGGGCUUGCUACACUGUUGAGUUUAUACUGAACAGGACACCUAUGAGGAAGAGGCAUUUCGCGGUCGACGCUGUUUACAAAUACGACCUGCUCAGACGAGUAUUUCCUACUGUUCUAACCUCCGACGCUUUUGAACCGCCUUGUGUUAAAAUUUGGUAUAAUUCUUUGCUGAAUGGAGAACAGAAGAGGGCCGUUGAAUCGAUACUUUCGCAGAAAAAUAAAACUUAUCCUUAUAUUAUAUGCGGACCACCUGGAACGGGGAAGACGGUCACGGUUGUCGAGUUGAUUUUACAAUUAUGUCAAGACCCUUUGUCUCGUUUAAUGGUCGUAGCGCCGACUAACUCAGCGAUUGAUUUAAUCGGUGUUAAACUCUUAGAAGCCGGAUUGACCAAAGAGGAUUUAAUAAGGCUUUGUAGUUACAGCCCUUUCAGGCUUGGUUCAAUAUCGUCGAGCCUUAUCGACGCAUCGUACGUGCCUUCCCUUUUUGAAGAGAUCCCGAAUAAAGAACCCGUACCGAUUGUUACAAGGAAUAACAUAGGAGUGCACAAAGUGACUCUGGGUACGAUGCAGUGUAUCGGUACGCUGAGCGCGAUCGGGUUCCCAGGCGGGUAUUUCACACAUGUGAUCGUUGACGAAGCAGGCCAGGCGACAGAGCCGGAGACGCUGAUCCCGUUGUCGUUCCUUGACAAGGAAAAUGCGCAGUUCAUACUCGCAGGCGAUCCGAAUCAGCUUGGGCCCGUAGUCAUGUCCAGGCUUUCCAGGAUGUUCGGUUUCAAGGAUUCCUUCCUGGCGAGAUUAUCAAGGAUGAAACCUUAUUCGAAAGACAUCGAAAAGCACCCAGACACGCUCGGCUACGAUAGAAGGAUUAUGACCCAACUCGUCAUCAACUACAGAGCCCUGCCUAAACUUGUAAAAAUGACUAGUGAUAUUUUUUACCAAGGUGAAUUAAAGCCUUACUUAAAUGACGAGAGCAUCGAAGCGGAUCUUCUUAGAAAGAUCACACUUGAAAAUGUACAUUUGGUGAAUAAAUCUUUGGUUUUUAUCGACGUUGAAGGUGUCGAGGAACAGGUGAAAGACAGUUGGUCGUACUUCAACAGGGCGGAGAUAGCCAAGAUUUUGCUCUUGCUCAAUGAGCUGUACGAAGUGGUCACGCCUGAUCAGAUUGGGAUCAUAACACCUUAUGCCCUCCAGUCGAAAAUGAUAUCAAAAAGGCUCGAGAGCCUCAACGUCUACUCGCCCAAGGUGGGCUCGGUCGAGGAGUUCCAGGGCGCGGAGAGGGACGUGAUGAUAUUCUCGAUCGUACGGAGCUCGAGGGACAUAAGCAGAGGACUCCCAGAGUUUAUUACAGAACGGAAUAAAAUGAAUGUGGCGCUGAGCAGGGCAAGGGUUCUUAACAUAAUCGUUGGCAACAAGCAGUACGUCAGCUGUAACCAACUUUGGCAGACUAUUUGUAAAUAUUGCGAAUGAUUUAUUUUUCUAUUGUCAUUUUUUGAACAUUUUCGACAAUUGUAAGUAAC